GUCACGUAUUAGAUUUUGAUCACUUUUGAGGGUUAUCAAGUGAACUUAUUCCGAAAAUAAAUGGAAUAAGUUCGCUUUUUGUCCCUUAUCCUGAUAUCGAGUUUAAAUCUAGUCUCUGAAUAUUAUCGGAUAUAACACAUCCCUCAUCUUUCAAAACAGAUACAAAUAUAGUCCUAUGAUAAUAUUGAAUGUGGUUUUAGGUGAUGUGGCACUGACGUGACACAAGAAACAAAAUUAAAAAAUAAAAAACCAUGCAGGAUCCACAUGUAAGUAAAACAACAAUCUUCUUUCCUAUCACCCUCUCAUUCAAUCAGGUGAAGGUGGUAGAGCAAGGAGCAACCUUGGCCCCGACAAUGGCUGCGACCUCAAUGUCAUCGGCGACUCAUUCCGGCGGUACGGUUCGCGGAGGGCAAUGUUCGCUAGCUACGAGGCGAAGGGGAACGUGGUCACCGACUCACUGUCAACCUCACCUCCUACCAAAGUUUAACGAUGUAGGACGAAACCACCUCCAAAACCAUCUGAGAAGUCGAUUUGCAAUGGUUCUAGAAGUUAGGGAACGGGUUAUACCCGGUUUUGCACUUGAGGGAUGCAAUCCAACAGGGACAUGACUUGUGGAGGCAAAAUAGACUUAUUCCUAAAAUAUUCUCACUGGCUUAGUUUGGAGUGUUAAACUUUUCUCGCAGGCCAAAUUAUUAAACAUUUUACGUGGCCAAGUUUUCACGGGCCACACAUGGCCUAUUAAUGUAUACUGGCAGUCUAAACUUCAGCCUUUAAAAUUUUCGCAUGGCCUAUUUACGAUAAGAAUUUUCACACCUCCAUCCUCAUAUUCCAAACCUCUCUUGCAGGAAAAUUUUUCCAAAGACAGGAAUCCUCAAAUAUUCCCAAUGAGGCCUUGAUUGCAGUUGCAUAUAUCAUGCCUUAAUUUGCAAACCAUGGUUUUUAGCUUUUUGGUCUCAACUUCAUAAAAAGCAGCCCUUAAUGCUCCCAGAUCAACUCCUUUUCCAUUUAAACCCACCAUAAAUCCCCUGCCGGUAACUCCCAUUACCGCAAUAUAAUAAAUAAAACAAGAACACCACCAUUCACUCAUCUCCUUCAGUUUCCACAUUCUUGACACCCUCUGGCUCACAAUCCCAUUCAGCCAUGCAAGAAGAUAACAUCAGUAAGAAAGCCAAGCUGCGAAAAUCCAUACAGCUCUUCCUCUCAAGAAACCUCAAGAAGAUCCCACCGAUUCACAUCCCCAGCUCAGCCAUCCCUGCGAAGAUCACCAGCAACCGCCUCCUCUCCACCUGCAGGUUCCCCAGAACCCCAUCGCUGCACGGCGGCGGCGGUGGCGGCGGCGACCACCGCACCACCGACGACGACGACGGCAGCAACGGCAGAGACCAGGCGGCGACGCUCUCCGACGUCGACCGCUUCCUCUUCGACAACUUCCGGUCCCUCUACAUCCACGACGGCGACAACCAUCAGCAGCGGCGACAACCACCACCAUCUCCGGGGAAAUUCACACAGCCAGCAGCGGCAGAGACAUCAUCAUCAAGGUCAGAGUCGGUUGCAGAAGACGCAAGAGGAACAAGCUCGGGUGAUGAAGACGACAACAACAGUAGUACGGCCAUAAUGCUGUUCUCCGUGGAUCCUUACACGGACUUCCGGAGAUCCAUGCAGAACAUAAUAGAGAUGCACCAUGGUGAGGAACCUCAGCCGUUGGACUGGGACUUCUUGGAGGAGCUGCUCUUUUAUUACCUGCAGCUCAAUGAACAAAGUGUGCACAAGUACAUUCUGAAGGCGUUCGCCGACCUUACUGCUGGAGCCCAUGUCAGCUGCCCAGCCCGUGGGAAACCGCAAUGGGCUGAUAAGAGUGUCCGGAGUAGGAAACACUAUUAGGGCACAAGAUUGUAAUGUAUUUGCUUAAAUUUUUUCACUCGAAAGUACUGAGAAUAAUAAUGCACAAAAUACAAAUCCAUAUCGUGCGAAGCCAUGUAAACUCAUGAUGUAAGGUACACUGCACAUAAAAUUAGUUUUACAACUCCCAACAUUUUUAAAUAUGUGAUGUCAUAACUUUUUAACAUCCGUAUGAAACAAAAAUAUAAAAAAUAUAAGUCAUGUUCAAAGUACCUUUAAUGAUAAAUAAAUCACAACAAAAUAUUGAUAAUUAUUUUUUUAAUAAAAUGAAUGGUUAAUAAUAUGUGUAGAAGCCAAUAGCGUCAGAUUUUUUAAAAAGAGGGUGCGGAAUGCUGGUUAAACAGUCAGAAACUCAGAAUAACCUGAAACACAUCAUCUCAACAGAAACCAUAAGGUAGGUUGGGAAUGAUUAUUGAAUCAAUUUCUGCCAUAACGAAGUAUUCCAAAUGUGUAUUAAGCUCAGGUUUCCCAUAAAAAAUAUCAAAAGAUAAUUACAUUCAAGUUAUUGAUUUAGUAAUUUACACGGACCUAUAUAUAGAGACGCGUGGGCAAUUCCCGUCAAUCCACUCUAGUUUAGCUAAUAAUGCAGUUUCACUCGCGAUGAAGAAAAUA